UCACGAUUAGCGACACGAUUGGAAUCGUGGUCUGAAACGUGGAGUAAUCGUAGUGAUGCUAUCAGAUCUUAUCAGAUCUUGAGGUCAGUCGUGUCAAUCGUGUUGAUCGUAGAAAAGUUUUGGACGGUUAAAAAAAUUUCUACGAUAAACACGAUGAAUUGUCAAUCGUAAUCAUCGCAUCACAUCGUAUUGGAUCGUAAGAAAGCGGUACAGAACGCAUGUAAUCGUGGUUCCAAAUCGUGGUGAUCGUGAUCAACCGUGAACAAGAGAAACACCACGCUCUGUUGCGAUGCGCUGCGAUCUCCCACGAUCUGUGACGCUCUGUAGGGUACCAUAGAUUACGAUCUGACACGAAUGACUGACGAGCAGAUACGAGUAGAUACGAGUAGAUACGAGUAGUCACGGUUUGCACGGACGCUCACGAUCUGUUACGAGUUCUCGCGCUCAUAUAUAUAGUGGACAUGAUCGAAUGCGACUCUACACUUGAAGAGAGCCCAUAACUGUCAACCUUUUAAUUUCAGAGAUGCAACCGACGGGUACCAGAGAAAAGAAGAGAAAGGGCAAGGCUGCCCCACCCCCUGAGCCUGAACCAGUCCAACCACAGCCUGAACCAGAGGAGACCAUCCCCACCCAGAAAGCCAAGAGAAAAAAAACAGUGACUGUCUUUACUGAAGAUGAAAAGGAUGAAAUCAUUGAGUUCCUGAUGAGAAAUGAGGUCCUCUACAGCAAACGCCUUGCGGGCUUCAAGGAUGUCACACAGAAGGAGGAUCUGUGGGCUGUACAGGCUACCAAGAUGAACACCACUGUGUCGCAACUUAAAAUAUGGUACACAAGCAUGCGUACCAUGUUGGGCCGGCUGAAGAAACACGCCAAGAAGAGUGGGACAGGAGGAGAUGUCAUUACUGACAUGAGCAGCACAGAGAAGUGGGUGUGGGACAAGUUCUCUUUUUUUGAGGUCUCACAUUGAAACGGUGGAUGCCAGAAAUGUGGCCUCGUUUGCAGCAGCAGCACCACCAGCAAUUUCCAGUGGCACUGAAGUCACCCACUCCACCAGCCAAACCUCAGUAGUUGCCUCUACCUCCAGCAAGGCUCCAACACGACCACUCCCACCACCCUCAACACCACCCUCCCAUACAUCCUCCCAGACAGGGUCAGUCGGCUCCAGACGGGGCAGUGAGGAUAGGGUGAACUCUGGAGAACUGAGUGAGUAUUAUCUCCCCUAAUAACAAUUGCAAUUUCAUUUAAUUUCACAUUAAGUUAUACUUGGAUAUAUAGUUACUAGAAAUACUAAUAUUUUGCUUUCUCUCUUCCAGAAGACCUGCUGGUGGAAUUCAUGUCCAGAAGUACGGCUGCGUCUGGCAGCUCCUAUUUUGGGAAGUAUGUGGAGGAAACCCUGUCGAAGGUGCCUGGGGAGAUCAGGAGGGAUGCUGAGGCUAACAUUAUCCAGAAUCUCAUCUGAAUGUUGGAUGACAUAUAUCAAGAUGGCACUGAACAAGACAUAACUGAGGAAAAGGGAUGUGAGAGAAUCCAAUCUAACAUUUAAAAAUAAAUAUACAUUUAUAUUAUUUAUAAAAUAUUUCUUUGCAUUUAUACUGUUCAGAUAUAUUAGUGGGUCACUUUGGGAAGAAUGAAACACCACUUUGUUAAGACUAUUGUCCUUCAAUUUUUAUGUCUUGCUGACAGUUUACAGAUAGGGUGUGGAAGUGCUGUCAUACUGUACCGUUGACAUAAGAACAAUAACUUUUUAAAACAAUUAUUUGAAUUAAAUGGGUCAUGGGAAUUCCCAUGGUAUUCAUGGAUUUUGAACCUGUUGUUUCACUCUUUUUUUUUCUUUUCUGUUUCUUUUUCUUGACAAGACAUUUGUUACCAGUUGGUAGCUUGACCAAAAUUGGUGUCCAUUUCCAUGGGUGGAAGUAGGGUCAGUCGCAUUAAUACAGAAAUUACCUGAGAAUAUUGAAAUUUGGCCUCUAGGGACAGAUUGCUGCCUAAUUUCAUUUGUUUAAUGAUGUUACCAGAGCAUUGAUUAGUUCAUCACUGGCUACUGGA